UAUUGCACAUUUGUGAGUGUUCGUCAUAGCCUUUCAUGUGGAAAUGGUUUGGAAACGUGUUUUUAUUUGAGAAAAUGCCCCCGCAAACGUGCGUAAUGUGUGCUGCAGUGUGACCGCGGAAGCGGGUCGUCGCUCGGUUGUUGAGCCGAGUGAUUCCGUAAUUGGUCGAAACUUGCCGAAUCAUCUGUCCUACUCGGACGGCUGGAGAAGCGGCAGGCAGCUGCGCCAUGUUGGCCGACUCUCACGUAUAUGUGCGGGCAAAAAAUGACAGAAAACACACUUGACGAGCAGCACAACUAAAGCUUCCCACGCGGGAGGUUGAAGACCGUGUGGUUUAUCUUUUUUUUUCUCCCCCCCUCUCGUGGAAACGAAGCGAAACCGGUGGGGGGGCCGGGGAUCCGCAGAGGCUCUGGACGGGUUAGGGAAAGCUCCCCACCGUCCCCAUGAAGAGCACCACUGAUCCCGGCAGCGACUUUCCAUGAAAAAAAGGAAAGAUCCGUGUUGCUAUUUGGGCUUCGUUAUCCCGCUUCUCUCGGGGGCUUGGGGCCUGCUUUGACUCCAUGUAUGCGAGCUAAAACGACGGUAUUUUCUCUAUUUGGAGCGCUGUUUUGUUUUUAAUGUGUUAGCUCUUUCUCUUUAUUUAUUUUUUUACGAUGAGUUUACCACCGAAAGUAGUCCCCAAACCCGCAGCCGCCGUCGCCGUGAGUGGACCUGGAAGCGGACCCUCUCCGUCGAGCCAACUGCGGGCUACCCUGACCUCCGUGUCGCUGCCGCCAGGAGCCCCAACAGUCCCCCAGCCUGGAGCCGUGCCGCCAACUCAAAUUGCUCGGGUUCCGCAGUCACUGGAUGACAGAAUCUUCUCCACGCAGCCUGGAGUUGCUGCCGUCUACAGCCUCCCCAGGCACGCUGGUCCCCCUUUCACCCCUCACGACAUCACUAAGGGACACCCAAGCUUGGCAGGCACCCCGCCCGGUCAUGCCCACUCCCCGGCGCUCUCUCAGGUAUCCAUAUCCACAGCUACCACGUAUCGCUAUCCUAAGGGCUGGGAGACGGGCGGAGGGUCUCCAUACAACCCUGGGCAGAAUGCUGGCUCCGCCCCUCUAGUGUAUUCUCCUCAGACACAGCCAAUGAAUGCACAGCCACAGAGUCGCCCGUUUGCGACAGGCCCACGACAAACCCACCAUCAGGGAGGUUUCAGGCCCAUCCAGUUUUUCCAGAGGACUCAGAUGCAGACUGCGAGGCCCACCAUCCCCACGAACACCCCCACCAUACGGCCUGGCUCGCAGCCUCCCACGGCGGCCGUCUACCCUACUAAUCAAGCAAUCAUGAUGACCAUGGCGCCCAUGCCUUUCCCAUCGCCACAGGCUGCACAGUACUACAUCCCACAGUAUCGUCACAGCACUGCUUAUGUGGCACCUCCUCACCAGUAUUCUGUCCAGCCCCCGGGGUCAGGCACCUUCUAUCCAGGUCCUGGACCAGGGGAGUACCCGUCCCCCUAUCAUCCCCUCAGGUACCAUCCACCCGUGUCACCUUCUGUCCCCGCGGCCGUACCCACAGCCGGCCCCCCCUACUACCCAGGGCAGACCGUGUAUUCGGCCUCGCCACCCAUCAUAGUGCCUACACCACAGCAACCUCCACCAGCCAAGCGCGAGAAGAAAACAUCCUCCCAGAUUCGUAUCUGCGACCCCAAUCAGGGUGGAAGGGACAUCACCGAGGAGAUCAUGGCGGGGGGCUCGGGGAGCAGGAACUCAACGCCCCCUGUCGGGCCUGCUUCCUCCACUCCAACCCCCCCUCAGCAGCCGCUGAGCAGCAGGCAGACUCCGGAGCUACAGUUGCCCUCGCACCCUCCCCAUCCUCAGCACGCCUCUUCCGAAGACUUUGCGCCAGAACCGUCGUCGACCCCGCAGCAGUCACAGCAAGCAAUGACAACUGAGCCCCCAGAUGCCAAACCAGGGCCAGAUAAGACACCAAAAUUGGAGCCAUUUGUCCAAAAGUCUUCCUCACCUGGGGUCCUGCAGCUGGAAGCUCCCUUGGAGAGACUGGAAGCCAGCGCUCCUCCAUCAGAACCCUCUUCCACUGUUGAACCAGAGCUUGCCUUCUCUGCCUCACAGCCCGACCUCGGGGCCCUCCCACCGACAGCUGUUGACACUGGUGACCAGCCACCCUCGACAGCUUCUUUUUACUCUGGCGGGGACCACAAACAUUCUUCGAUGGCACCUUGUAUUCCCACUGCUGAGAAGCCUCCCUCAAAUGCCCCCUCUCUGUCUCUGACUGUCUUGCCAUUGUCGAUUUCCAAGGCUGUGAAUGGUGUCGCAGAUACUGACACCGAUUUGGACAUGCCAGCCACUGAGACUCCUUCGGCAUCACCAUCUAGUGCACAUCUUCUUGCUUCUUCUCUCGCUUUCCAAGAGACCUCCUCUUCGGAAACAUUGCCCUCUGACAUCAGGCCGGAGGUGCCCCUUGCUGCCGAGCUGGCUCCCAUGGCGACUUUGGCAGUCGUGCCCGUCACCCUGACCUCCAACCCCAUCACGGCUUUGCGUGUCAUGCUCCCCCCCGGCCUUCCGCCUCUGGUGCAGGCCACAGCAGAGACUGAUGAGCCCAAGCAACCACUGGACAGAAAUGACCUUGUCACCAGGGUGAGGGCAGAGGCACCUGGAGGCGUUACUGAAGCAGAGCCGCAGUAUAAUUCGUUUACUCGGAAGAGCCCCACUACAGUAAAUGAGACUUCAGCUGCUACACCAAAGACCUGGAGGAAACGAAAUGAAUCGAUUCACGCCGGAGACCCACCUCUGCAGGAGAAUGAGGACAAGCCUCAGCCUGUGGAUCCUGUCACUGUGGAUCCGGCGCUGCAGUCGGCUCUGCUGGGGGGCUCCAGGGCACUGCCAUCGCUCUUCCCCUCUGUCGACGCUCCGGCUCUUGCCAGCAGCCCCGAGGCCGAAAGAAGGUUGGCUGUCCCAGAGGAGAACGGCGAUGCUGAGCCGGAGCCUUUAAGGAACGGGGCAGGCCAUACCUCUGAGACGGAGAGCAACGACAGCGGUGUGUCACCUGGGGACAAAGACAACUCCACUGGGGUCUCACAGGACAUAGAAGUUGGUCCAGACCUGUCCGAUCCCAGCAAGAAGCGACAGUAUGACAGGGGCUUCUUGUUGCGAUUCCAAUUCAUGCCCGCCUGUGUACAGAAACCAGAGGGUCUCCCACCAAUCAGUGAUGUGGUGCUUGAGAAGAUGAACCAUAACAAGUUGCCUUCUCGAGCGGCGGAUCCCAGGGUGAUUUCCAGGGGACCCGAUUUCACACCGGCCUUCGCAGACUUUGGUAGACAGAUGAGCGGUGCAAGAGGCGCGAUGCUAAUGAACAUGGGCACGCGGCGGCCUCCUCCUAGGAAGAUCAUCAUGAACGUGUCGAUGAGUGAUGAAGUUAAACUGCAAAAGGCAGAGAACGCCUGGAAGCCGGGCUCCAAGCGGGAAUGUGUAGUGGACGACCCAGAGACGUUGAGGACACAGGAGCUAUUCAGGAAGGUGCGCAGCAUUCUGAACAAGCUCACGCCUCAGAAGUUCAGCCAGUUGAUGAAGCAGGUGACGGACCUGACCAUCGACACGGAAGAACGACUGAAGGGGGUGAUUGAUCUCGUCUUCGAGAAAGCCAUCGAUGAGCCCAGCUUCUCUGUUGCCUAUGGAAACAUGUGUCGGUGCCUUGCUGAGCUCAGAGUGCAAAUAGCAGACAAGCCCAACAACACAGUCAACUUUCGCAAACUGCUGCUCCACCGCUGCCAGAAGGAGUUUGAGAAGGACAAAGUGGACGACGUGGUGUUUGAGAAGAAGCAGAAAGAGCUGGACUCUGCCGAUUCGUCCACAGAGCGUGAGCGACUUCAAGAGGAGUUAGAGGAAGCCAAGGACAAAGCGCGGCGGCGAUCCAUUGGCAACAUCAAGUUCAUCGGGGAGCUAUUCAAGCUCAAGAUGCUGACGGAGGCUAUCAUGCAUGACUGCGUGGUCAAGCUGCUGAAGAACCACGACGAAGAAUCUCUUGAGUGCCUGUGCAGGUUGCUCACCACCAUCGGCAAAGACCUUGACUUUGAAAAAGCCAAGCCUCGAAUGGAUCAAUAUUUCAAUCAGAUGGAAAAAAUAGUGAAGGAGAGGAAGACGUCAUCUCGGAUACGCUUUAUGUUGCAGGAUGUCAUUGACCAGAGAUUGCACAACUGGGUGUCCAGAAGAGCCGACCAGGGGCCCAAAACGAUUGAGCAAAUCCACAAGGAGGCCAAAAUUGAAGAGCAGGAAGAGCAGAGAAAAGUGCACCAGCAACUGCUCUCCAAGGAGAACAAGCGACGAGGAGAUCUGCGAGAGCAGAGAGAGCCGCGCAUGCCCAGAGAAGAGACCUGGAAUACUGUGCCCGUGAACAAGAACAGCAGGACCAUUGACCCUAAUAAGAUCCCAAAGAUCUCCAAGCCUCAGAUGGAUGAGAAGAUCCAGCUUGGCCCGCGGGCUCAAGUCACGUGGGUGAAGGGCAGCAGCGGCGGAGCCAAGGCCAGCGACUCAGAACUUUCGAGGAGUGGCAGCAACCACUACUCUGCACUGCAGUCGACACUCUCGUCUCAACAAGCCGCUUUGAAUCCUCCACAGAAUUCAGAUUUUGAUUCUAAGACGAGUCUCGGAAGCAAUCGUAGCAGCAUAGUGCGGGAGUGCAGUGAAAAGCCACAGGUCCACACGACGCCAUUGUUGUCGUCGUCGCCGAGGCUCGCGUCUUACAGCAGGGGCGACGCUUCCAAGGAGCUGCGAGAUAGCCAUCCUCUGGAAGAGACACGGAGGGAGCGGGAGAGCGAGGCUGUCAAGGCCCGCAGACCGAGUAUCACAGAAGAUAAACCGGAGCCAAAACCAGAGAUUGGCAGGACCAGAGAGCCAGUUAAACCUGAGCCAGUGGCACAGAUGCCAGAGAGGCUGGUCCUGUCUGAGGAGGACAUGGAGAGGAAGUCCAAGUCCAUCAUUGACGAGUUUCUCCACAUUAACGAUUACAAGGAGGCUGUUCAGUGUGUGGACGAGCUGGUUUCAGCCCCCCAGUUGCACACCUUUGUGCGCGUCGGAGUGGAGUCGACGCUGGAGCGCAGUCAGAUCACACGGGAUCACAUGGGACUGCUCUUCUUUCAGCUGGUGCAACAGAGAGUACUGCCAAAAGACCAGUUCUACAAAGGGUUUGCUGACAUACUGGAGCAGGCGGAUGAUAUGGCUAUCGACAUUCCGCAUAUCUGGCUGUACCUGGCCCAGCUACUAACCCCCGUGCUAAAGGACGGAUGUUUCUCGAUGAGAGAGCUCUUCAGUGAAUUACGCAAACCUUUGUUAGCUGUGGGAAGAGCAGGCAUUCUCAUAUCUCAAAUACUGCACAUACUAUGCAAACAAAUGAGCCAUAGAGCUGUGGGUUCUCUGUGGAGGGAAUCUGACCUCAGCUGGUCUGACUUCCUGCCGGAGGGAGAAGAUGUCCAGGCCUUUCUCUCACAACAGAAGCUGGAGUUCAUCCUGUCGGACGCUACGGACCCUGGAACAGCUCUUGCCAAAAAGACUCUGUCCGCUGAGGAGCUAAGACAGCAGCUGGAGAGGCUCCUGCUGGCGGACAUGGCCAGCGAUGAGCAGAUCUUUGACUGGGUGGAGGCAAACCUGGAUGAACAUCAGAUGAGUUCGUCGCCCUUCUUGAGGGCGCUGAUGACAGCCGUGUGCAAGGCAGCGGUGAAAGACAUUGGCACCAACUGUCAAGUAGACACAGCCAUCAUCCAGAGGAGACUCCCCGUAUUACUCAAGUACCUUAACUCAGACACUGAGCGACAGCUGCAAGCACUUUAUGCACUUCAGACGCUGAUAGUCUCCCUCGAUCAGCCUCCCAACCUCCUGCGGAUGUUCUUCGACUGCCUCUAUGACGAGGACGUCAUUUCGGAGGAUGCAUUCAACAAGUGGGAGACCAGCAAAGAUCCGGCAGAGCAGGAGGGCAAAGGCGUUGCCCUCAAGUCGGUGACGGCCUUUUUCACGUGGCUACGUGAGGCGGAGGAGGAGUCGGAGGACAAUUGAGACCUGUACAUCCCCGACUUGACAAAAUUUUGAACACAAGCGACCUGUUCACGAUCGCUGGAAUUCCUUUUUUUGCGGUACGGUUCAGAAACAUGGCGCCAUUUUCAGUUUGGAUUUCAAUGGCGGAAGCACUAAAUACAUGUAUUAUACAUAGAAAAUAUUUUUGUUUUAAAUUUUAACUUUACUGUUUUUGUUACUUUUUAAGAAGAGACUUUAAAAAAAAGCAGCAGCAUAGGUUCUGGACUCUUUAAUUUAUUAUUUUUUUAAGGACUGCAAAUAUGAAAGCAAGAACCCGAACAAAAGAAAUAACAAUGUAAUUAAAUAAUAAGAAUGAUAACAAAAUAAUAAUUUUUGACCAAGGAAUCGAAUGGCCUCCCUGGAUUCUACACUCUUUGGAUUAAAACCGAGUCGCGCAAAACCGUUUUGGAGGUGAAAUGGAAGCCAAGCUUGUGGUCAAAAUAAUCCAAAAAGCAACUCUCAGCCUCUGCUUUUGCUGCUCAUGUUGGCGUGUCACGUUCAAGGAGCGAUGGAAAACGGACAAACGUUGAUGAACAAAGUGGACGCGGAACCAGCAAAAUGCCAGAAGGGAGGACGAAGGGAGUAAGGGCACUCAUGACAAAAAUGCUUGUAAUACUUCAUCCCUACACAGCUCAUUAAAAGCUUGUAAAUAUAUUAAAGAUGGAGAGAAAAAAUAUUUCGAAACUUG